CCUUGUUACCAAGGUCAGCCCACACACAGACCCCGCAUCCCGGGUCUCCAGGGCUUGUGUACUUGGUGUAGAAAUACCACAUAUCACUAAGACUAUCAUCUCACUGCUCACUUGGUCCUUCUGUCCGUCCCUCUUGCUCACAGUUGUAGUUCUCAGUGUUCCAUGUGCCAGACAGGGUCGUAGCCCAGUUCUGAAAGGGCGCUAGGAAUCUCUUAACAGAUGGCACAUGUCAGGUUAGAGCUCCAGGCAGUGGCAUCUCUUCCUCCUUGAAAGGUUUCAAAGAGAGAAGGGGAAUUAUGUAACUCAGAGUUUGGGGAAGCACGUCUUUUUCUAUCAUCAUAUCUUUACUACCUAGUGUACGAUAAGUACUGGAAAAAAGUUUGAAUGUUGAAAAUACGGAAUAUACGUGGGUAUAUAUAUAGAUAUGGGUGCUUUCAUCAACCUCUGACUUUUUUAAUCUAAUUUGCCUUUAUGCUGAGAGAUGAUUACUUCAUCAUUUCUGGGGAAGUAUUUGAUAUAACUGAGAAGCUAAGUGAGACAGAAGCUGUGGAUGACUUAUGUAUAAAUCAGUUACAGGUCAGUUCAUACCAAAUUAAAUACAUGUGUGUAUGUGUGUGUACAUAAUACACACGUAUAUGUAUGUAUGCAUAUACAUGCACACAUGCCUUGUAUGUAUACACGAGUACAUGUACAUUUAUACACAUACAUGUAUCUGUUUUUCAACAGGUUGAGGAAACUUCACUCGAGAUGUCUAAGCAGCAACCAGCUCAGUUUAUAAAUCCCGAAACACCUGGCUAUGUUGGAUUUGCAAAUCUUCCCAAUCAAGUUCACCGAAAAUCAGUGAAAAAAGGUUUCGAGUUCACACUAAUGGUUGUUGGUGAAUCGGGACUGGGAAAGUCAACGCUCAUAAACAGCCUGUUCCUGACUGACCUCUACCCAGAAAGAGUCAUACCCGGAGCUGCAGAAAAAAUUGAGAGAACUGUCCAGAUCGAGGCCUCCACCGUGGAGAUUGAAGAGCGUGGGGUGAAGCUGCGACUGACGGUGGUGGACACGCCCGGCUACGGUGAUGCCAUCAACUGCCGAGACUGCUUUAAGACCAUCAUCGCCUACAUCGACGAGCAGUUUGAACGGUACCUGCACGAUGAGAGUGGCUUGAACCGGCGGCACAUCGUCGACAACAGGGUUCACUGCUGCUUCUACUUCAUCUCGCCUUUCGGGCACGGACUGAAGCCCUUGGAUGUUGCAUUCAUGAAAGCGAUUCACAAUAAGGUGAACAUCGUGCCUGUCAUCGCCAAGGCUGACACCCUCACGCUGAAGGAACGGGAGCGCCUGAAGAAAAGGAUUCUGGAUGAAAUUGAAGAACAUAGCAUCAAAAUCUAUCACUUACCUGAUGCAGAGUCAGAUGAGGAUGAAGAUUUUAAAGAGCAGACCAGGCUUCUUAAGGCCAGUAUCCCAUUUUCGGUGGUUGGAUCCAACCAGCUGAUUGAAGCCAAAGGCAAGAAGGUCCGAGGCCGCCUCUACCCGUGGGGGGUGGUGGAGGUGGAGAACCCAGAGCACAACGACUUCCUGAAGUUGAGGACCAUGCUCAUAACUCACAUGCAGGACCUCCAGGAGGUGACCCAGGACCUCCACUAUGAGAACUUCCGCUCCGAGAGGCUCAAGAGAGGCGGCAGAAAAGUAGAGAAUGAGGACAUGAAUAAAGACCAGAUCUUGCUGGAAAAGGAAGCUGAACUUCGCCGCAUGCAGGAGAUGAUCGCGAGGAUGCAGGCGCAGAUGCAGAUGCAGAGGCAGGCGGGGGACGGUGACGGCAGCGCGCACGGGCACCACGCGUGAGAAAACACUUUUCCGGAUAAAAAGAAAACAUUCCACAUGAGUCGCACAGUGGUGUUUUCCAUGAGAUCGUGAGAGGAGAGUCCGUGUGUUGCAGCAUCUGUGCCUGAGAAUGCCAUUUCUUUUUAAACUUUUGAUGUGGGGUUUUUUUUUUUUUUUUUUUUUGUACGAAGUACUUUUAGCAUUUGUAUUUCAUUACUAUGUUAUGCUUUGUAUUUUGUGAGUUGAAAUUUCCCUUUGCAUUUUUCUUCCUCCUUACUAACCACUCAGUUAGAUUCAGUUUCCAAGUCCGUGGAUGUUCAGUUCAGCAAUUGGGUUUCUUUGAUUUCAGCUGGCCUGACUGACUAAUGGUUGAGGAGCAUGCUUGAUUGACAUCUAGAAACAAACUCAGAUUGACUCGGAGGGUCCCAGGUGGUAGAGACCGCUGCCUGGUGCCAGGUCCUUUACGACAAAGGGCGCGGUAUGGAGACUCCCACCUGCCUUUCGCCCGUUUGUGCACAUCGCCUGAAGCCAGUCUUGCUGCUAUAGUUCAAUGCUUCUAAUCCAUCCGCCCACAUACCUGUUUACCAAGUAACCGAACAGAACUGUUGAAUGAGGCACGUGGUUAGACUUCAGUAGCUUUUUUAAAAGCAGGCUUUUGGGGGUGAAUUUUAGGAAGUCUCUGGAUCCUGGCACGAGGUAACCUUUAAAGCCACUACUGCAGAGAGCUCAUCACCAGCCUUUCUGUAAUGCUCUCCACUAGGGCUGGUUACACCACACUGUGGAGAAAAUCAGAAUCCCCAUGAGCUCCAGUUUUUAUAUUGCAGCUAAGACUCAUACACACAGUGGGAAUCAAACUAUUUUUACUCAACUAAUUUUAAAAAUAACUUUUUAAGGAAAAUUAACAUUUGACCUGUUGAGAAACCAACCUUUUGUACUUUUAUACUGCACUUUAUUUUUCUGUAAUGCGUGUUUAGAAGAUCCUCCUCUGCAGUGGAAAUCGGAGUCCUAUGGUAGGUGCACCUCUCUGAACCCAGACCUCUCUCUGGGCACUGUCCUGCCCCAAGGCCAUAGCCCUGGAGGCCUCUGUGAACCCAGACCUCUCCCCAGCCACUGUCCUGCCCCAACGGCAUGGCCCUGGACGUCUCUGUGAACCUGGACCUGUCACCAGCCCCCAGACCCAAAUGCUGCCAGGCAUUCCAGAUCCCAGCUUCCUUCCACUGCUCCCUUUGUUAAUGGUUUUACAGCGGGAGGCAAAGAGCAGUGAUCAUUUUAUUACACACAGACUGUUCCAACAAUUUUCAGUUGCCAUUUCCUUCAUUUUGUGAAAUACCCAUUUCUGUGUCUUCUGAGAAUGAGACUUUCCACACCUGUGCUGACAGUCUGGAGGAGGUGCCAGCAGUUGAAGCUGUGCAGAUUCUGCCCUCUGUGCUGAGGCCUCGGCCCUUGCUUGUCCUCAUGUGCCCCCUGUGAAGAAUGCCCAGGGAUGCUGAGGCUUCAGGGGCCGGCUUUUCUCAGCAUUUUUGCUGAAGCAGGGAAAUGCAUUCCUAGAAGGUGGUACGUUAAAGAAGGCUGACUUGAGUGGAAGGAGUGGAGGUGCUGGUUCAGGGUUGCUAUCUUUAGUGGUAGGAGUUGGAAAAGAAAAUGAUUAAGCAGAGGAUGAGAGGAGGGUGGUUUUGUUUUUGUGUCUUUGGCCAGAUGAAAAAUGAGAUGGUCAGAAUUAAUUAGUUAUGAAGCUGUACUACAAAAAGUACUGUGGUGCUUUGCUCAUUUGCCCCUUUCCUGUGGAAUCACUGCCAGCGGUGAAGGCUGUGCAGGCCCAUUGGACAGUCCUGCCACGAUUUCAUGAUACUGUACAAAGAAAAAGUGAGAACGUGUUUGCAGACAGUGUAAACCGUGUGUAUGUUCAAGUGCUACUUAGGGCGAGCUGCCACCCAGUAUUGGUUAUGUGGGGCCUGGAGGGCCUGCACUGUUACACUUUUAAAUCCCUUUUGUUUGCUGCCCAGUUCUCAAUAUAUACUUUUGCUCACAGAUAACUGCUCUUUUACUAAAAGAUACUCUCUACCUAUAGAAAUAUAUUUGAAAACACUUAUUUUACACAGCAAUUUUGUAUUCAUUAAAACUAACCUUUUAUCAAUAAAGCACUAUUGUUUAGAUAUUAAA